CAGGCGGCUUCAGAAAAGGGUCACGAGGCGGUAGUGAAGCUGCUGCUCAACGCUAACGCCGACCCUAACGCCCAGGGUGGAGAGUAUAGCAACGCUCUCUAUGCAGCUUCACUUAGAGGCCACGAGGCGGUAGUGAAGCUGCUGCUCAAUGCUGGCGCCGACCCCAGCACCCAAGGUAGAAAGUGCAGCAACGCACUCCAAGCGGCUUCAUAUGGAGGCCAUGAGGCGGUAGUGAAGCUGCUGCUCAAU